AUGCGCGGCGUGCGACUGGGUGCGGCAACAGCCACAACGACGGCGAGACCCAGCGUUGCGCGAUUGGCGCUGCGCCUCCCCAUCGCAUCCUCGCCUCUCUCCACCACCCCGCGCUUGCGGGCCCCAACCCGGCCCUGCCCAUCAUGCGGCGCCGCCAUCCCUCUCCCCGCAUCCCCCUGCCCCUCCUGCGCGUCCCUCAUCCCCAUCCCCCCCGGAUUGUCACUACACAGUCUGCUCUCGCUCUCUGACCCGAUCCCGGCCCCCGCGUCCGCGAAGGAGGCAGUGGGCGCGCGCAACCCCGGCGAAGGGCGGCCGUUCGACAUCGCCGCGGAACUUGCUGCCCUCCCGGCCCACGGGUACGCGCUGGACCCGCGCGCGCUCCGCCUCGAAAUGCUGCGGCGGCAGGCGACGCUGCAUCCCGACCGCAAUUCGGGGGACGUCGAAAUGGCCGCGGCUCUCAGCGCACGCGUGAAUAAGGCGUAUGAGGUGUUGGCCAACCCGCAGACCCGCGCCGAGUACAUUCUUGAGCAGUUCGGGCUCGAUACGAAGGAGACGGACCAUGUUAGUGACCACGACUUGCUAUUGGAGAUUCUUGAGGCGCGGGAAGAGCUCGAGGAGGCCACAUCGGACGAGGUCGAGGAACUGCGGGAGGCUAACCAGAAAAAGGUCGAUAAUGUCGCUCGCCAGAUCACGGAGGCCCUGUCUAAAGAGCCUCCUGAGCUGCAGAGGGCCAAGGAGCUCGCCGUCGAGCUAAAGUACUGGGUCGGGUUGGAGCACGCCGCCCGCGAGCGGCUGUAGACUAGAUGUAGCCAUGCAUGAUGGGUUCAGUGUUUG